AUGGAUGAUGAUGAAAUAAUUCCAAAGAAAAAUAAUGAAAGAAAUAAGAAAAAGGCAAUUUUUUCUAAUGAAGAAUUUUCAGGGGAGGAUAAUUUAAUGGAGGACCACCUAGAAUUGAGGGAUAAAUUGGCAGAAGAUAUCGUCACUAUAAAAACUUCCCUAAAAAAUAAUCUUGUAUGUAGUACACUAAAUGAAAAUGAAAUAUUAGCACUGUCUAAUUAUAUGCAAUUUUUUGUUUUCAAAAGUGGAGAUAUGGCCAUAAAGCAAGGAGAAAAAGGUUCCUACUUCUUCAUUAUAAAUAGCGGCAAAUUCGAUGUAUACGUAAAUGACAAAAAAGUGAAAACUUUGACCAAAGGAUGCUCAUUUGGAGAAGCCGCUUUAAUACACAAUACUCAAAGAAGUGCUACUAUAAAAGCAGGAACGAAUGGAACAUUAUGGGGUGUGCAAAGAAGUACAUUCAGAGCAACAUUAAAACAAUUAUCAAAUAGAAAUUUUAAUGAAAAUAGAAGUUUCAUUGAUUCUGUAUCUGUUUUUGAUAUGCUAACAGAAGCACAAAAAAAUAUGAUAACCAAUGCAUGUGUUAUACAAAAUUUUAAACCCGGAGAAACAAUAGUUAAGCAAGGGGAUUAUGGAGAUGUUCUAUACAUUCUGAAAGACGGAAAAGCAACUGUAUAUAUUAAUGAUGAAGAAAUCAGAGUUCUAGAAAAGGGAUCAUACUUCGGAGAGAGAGCUCUUCUGUACGAUGAACCGCGAAGCGCUACAAUUAUCGCUAAGGAAGUGACAUCUUGUGCAUCUAUUUGUCGAAAAUUGUUAAAUGUGGUUCUGGGAAAUUUACAAGUAGUAUUGUUUCGUAACAUCAUGACAGAGGCUCUUCAACAGAGUGAAAUAUUUAAACAAAUAAGUCCCGAUCAAUUAAAUGAUUUAGCUGAUACAGCUAUAGUUAGAGAUUAUCCAGCAAACUAUAAUAUAUUACAUAAAGAUAAGAUAAAAAGUGUAAAAUAUAUAAUAGUAUUAGAAGGUAAAGUAGAGUUAUUUCUUGAUGAUGAAUCGAUUGGAAUAUUGACAAGAGGCAUGUCAUUUGGAGAUCAAUAUGUACUUAAUCAAAAACAAAAAUUUAAGCAUACAUUAAAAUCGUUAGAGGUAUGCAAAAUAGCAUUAAUUACAGAAUCAUGCUUAGCCGAUUGCUUAGGAAAUAAUAAUAUAGAUGCAUCUAUAGAUUAUAAUAACAAAAAAAGUAUUAUAAAAAAAAUGUAUAUUUUUCGAUAUUUAACUGAUAAACAGUGUAAUUUACUUAUCGAAGCAUUUAAAACAACUCGAUAUGAAGAAGGCGACUAUGUUAUACAAGAAGGUGAAGUAGGGUCAAGAUUUUAUAUAAUAAAAACUGGAGAAGUAGAAAUAGUAAAAAAUAAUAAAAGACUAAGAACAUUAGGGAAAAAUGAUUAUUUUGGCGAAAGAGCGUUAAUUUAUGAUGAACCAAGAACGGCAUCAGUUAUAAGUACUGUAAACAAUUUAGAAUGUUGGUAUGUUGAUAAAUCAGUUUUUUUACAAAUUAUUGAAGGGCCCAUGUUAGCACAUUUGGAAGAAAGAAUUAAAAUGCAAGAUACUAAAGUAGAAAUGUCAGAAUUAUUAACAGAAAGAAUUAUAGGUAGAGGUACAUUUGGUAUUGUUAAGCUAGUUUUACAUGAACCCACAAAAAUUAGAUAUGCAUUAAAAUGUGUUAGUAAAAAAAGUAUUAUAGAAUUAAACCAACAAAAUAAUAUUAAAUUAGAAAGAGAAAUUACUGCUGAAAAUGACCAUCCAUUCAUUAUUAGGUUAGUAAGAACAUUCAAAGAUUCUAAAUAUUUUUAUUUUUUAACGGAGUUAGUUACUGGAGGAGAACUUUAUGAUGCUAUUAGAAAGUUAGGUUUAUUAUCAAGAUCACAAGCACAGUUUUAUUUAGGCUCUAUUAUAUUAGCAAUCGAAUAUUUGCAUGAAAGAAAUAUAGUCUAUCGAGAUCUAAAACCUGAAAACAUCUUAUUAGAUAAGCAAGGAUAUGUCAAAUUAAUCGAUUUUGGUUGUGCAAAAAAAAUACAUGGAAGAUCAUAUACAUUAGUAGGAACACCACAUUAUAUGGCACCUGAGGUUAUAUUAGGAAAAGGAUAUGGAUGCACCGUUGAUAUAUGGGCAUUAGGUGUUUGCUUAUAUGAAUUUAUAUGUGGCCCAUUACCCUUCGGUAAUGAUCAAGAGGAUCAAUUAGAAAUAUUUAGAGACAUAUUAACAGGGCAAUUAACUUUCCCAGAUUAUGUUACUGAUACUGAUAGUAUUAAUUUAAUUAAAAGAUUAUUAUGUAGAUUGCCUCAAGGAAGAAUUGGAUGCUCAAUAAAUGGAUUCAAAGAUAUUAAAGAAAAUCCAUUUUUUUCCGAUUUUGAUUGGGAUCGAUUAGCUGGGCGUUCGCUUGAACCUCCUCUCAUUUCGAAAAGUGAAACUUAUGCAGAGGAUAUCGAUGUUAAGCAAAUCGAACAAGAAGAAGAAGAUAAUGCAAAUGCCGAAAUUGAUGAUGAAAAUUGGGAUAUAGAUUUUUAA